AUCUAUAGCUUUAGUAAUUAAAGUACUUAUAGUUUAUAAUCAUUUGUGUUAAAUUUGUGCUUUGUGAAACGUAUACUAUCGAUAAUGGAUAUUAAGCAUAUUAAGAAACAACUAGGAUUAUUUGUAUUUCUUAGCUUUACCGUAUCCUGUCACUGUUUAGAUGAAUACGAACGAGAAUAUUUUCUUGGUCCAAGGCAUUAUAAUCCACAUCCCUACGAAAUCGAAUUUGAAAUAUCGAGAUUGUCGGAUACAGGGCCUCAUACAUUUCCGGACACCGAAGAUGACGAUGACGAUUAUAACAGUGGAAACAGGUACAAUAUAAUUAGUUUGGGCAAUCAAAAGCCCAAGUAUUCGGAGGACAAUGAAAGUCCCUACACAAAGGUAUCCAAAAAAGUGAAGAAUUAUAUUUAUGGCGGCUAUGAAGAUGAUGAUCAUGAG